AUGGGUUCUAAGUACCCACGGUCCCUGCGCUGCUGCCUGCCGCUGGGGGCCCUCCUGCUGCAGGCGGCUUUCAUUCCUCUCUUUUAUUUCAUCCCCUAUCAGACUUCCUCUUCCUCUUCCUCUCUUCCCUCUCCCUCGGUGGAUCAGGUGGAUAACAAGUUCUUGGAGCACUAUCGAGUCUUCCAGGAUUUGACUCUUGUGGCAGCCUUGGGCUUCGGGUUCCUCUCCUCAUCUUUACGGAGACACGGCUGGAGCAGCGUGGCCUUCAACCUUUUCAUGUUGGCCCUCGGGGUACAAGGGACAAUCUUGAUGAACUAUUUUCUGUACCAGUACUUCCAAUGGAAUGGUGAAAGCAAAGACAAAAGCCUUGUGAGCAGAUUCCAGAUCGCUACCAUGAGCACCGUGCCCCUGCUCAUCUCGGCCUGCGCUGUCCUGGGGAGGGUCAACUUGGUGCAGCUGUCCGCGAUGGUGCUGAUAGAGGCGGUGACCUUCAGUGCCUUGGGUGCUGUCAGCAGGAAGUUCUUCCACGUAGAAAAGCACAUAUCCAUGAUGCAUGGGCACGUGUUCGGGGCCUAUUUCGGGCUGCUUGUGGCCUGGUGCCUCUCCAGGUCUCUGCCCAAGGAAGCGGAUAUGAGAGCCCAGACAGAGAAGGUUCAGAUGGCCACAAGCUCCAAUCUGUUUGCCAUGCUGGGCACCCUCUUCUUGUGGAUAUUCUGGCCAAGUUUCAACUCUGCUCUCCUGGAGGCGAUAAACGACAAGAAGAAUGCUGUGUUCAACACCUACUACGCCCUGGCAGUCAGCACUGUAGCAGCCACCGCCGUGUCAGCCCUGACUCACCCCAAGGGGAAGAUCAACAUGAUUCACAUCCACAAUGCAGUGCUGGCAGGCGGUGUGGCUGUGGGCACCCCAUGCCCCCUGAUUACUCAUCCGUGGAUUGCCAUGGUGCUGGGCCUCACAGCUGGGUUGAUCUCCGCCGCGGGAGCCAAGUGCCAGCCGGUGUGUUUGAGCCACGUGCUGCCGGACCCUAACCCCAGUGGGGUCCACUACACCUUCGGCUUGCCAGGUCUGCUCGGAGGUGUCACCUACUUCCUGCUGAGAGAAACUACGUACAGAAGCUCUGAGUUUGCUACGGGGAUGGUCCUUGAAAUUGGGGCUCUCAGCUUUGCUAUGGCGAUGGGGAUGGUGGCCGGACUCCUAACAGGUUGUCUCCUAAUAGCCAAAGUGUGGAGGGCGCCCCAUGCGGCCAAGUACUUUGAUGAUCAGACUUUCUGGGAGUUCCCUCACCUGGCUGUUGGAUAUUAAACAAAAACAUCCGAGCCCAAGGCUGAGCGUGAAGACGCCCCUUUCUUUGCAUUCCAGUUACGUCUGAAACAUGUUUUACAAGAAAGUCUUCCAAGUGUGAUCUAAGUUUAAAUAAUAUGUUGGGUUUCGUGAUAAACACUAUCAAUGCUUUUGGCGGCAGACACCUCAUUAAAGUUCUGGUCCAAUUCUG